GCUGAACAAUACAAGGUUGAAAUUCCAAUAAUGGACAGCUGUUUACCAGAUGACAAGAUGGAGACAGAUAGUCAAGAGCACACGCUGCAGAUAACUAAAGUUAGAUAUAAUGAGGGCAAAUGGCAGAAACAGCAAGGUGGUGGGCAGUGGAAAGAUGCAAGCCAAGCAGAAGCUGACACAUUUAAUAAGGAUGGCCUUGAUGCAGUUGAGCUAAGAAAAGUGAAACAGAUUGAUGGAGUAUGGCAUGAAUUCAAUAAAGAAGCUGGUGCCUGGCAAAAGGCGGAUCAUCAAACUGCGCAACAAUAUGAGACAAAUGGUAUUGUGCACAUUGAACAGAAGAAGGUUAAGAAAGUGGAUGAUGUUUGGAAAGAGUGGGAUGAAGAGAACCAACAAUGGAAGGAUGCUGCACCAAAUAAUGCUCAGAAAUAUGAAACUGGGGAAUUCAAUGCAAACACAGCUAUUGUGCGGAAACAAAAUGGAAUAUGGCAGGAGCUUGAUAGUAAUGAUAUAUCCUGGAAAAAUGUAUCUUCACAAACAGCUGAGCGUUAUGAAAAUGAUGGUAUUGAACAUAUAGCAACCAAUAAAAUCAAAAGGGAUAGUGCUGGACAAUGGUCGAUGUUGAAUGACAAGAAUGGAGAAUGGACAAAAAUUGAUCCUAGAAAAGCACGAGAGUAUGAGGUUGAAAUUCCAGUUGUGGAGUAUGGUGAAGAUCUAGUUGGUGAAAAGAAAGAUGAAUUGAAUCAGUUACGAAACAUCGAAGGACAAUGGCAAACUUUGAACAGUAAAACAGGAGAAUGGUGCAAUGUCGGCCCUGUUUUAGCCAAACAACUGGACAAGGCAUCUCUAGCUUUCAAUGAAGAUCCUGGUGAACUAAGAAAAAUUGAUGGGCAAUGGCAAAAACAAGAUAGUAAAACUGGAGAAUGGUCCAAUGUGAGCCCUGCUUUAGCCAAACAACUAGAUGUGGCAGCCUUAUCUGUUAAUGAAGAUCCUGGUCAACUAAGGAAGAUUGAUGGACAAUGGCAGA